GCCAAGGGCGGGGGCCGAGAGGGAGGCUAGGCGGUCCCGGCAAGCGGCGCCGCGGGGUUGGUUGCUGUCCUGAGGCCGGACUCAACGGGUCCCGGCUGAGCCACUGGGUGAGCUCCUCCCGGGCCAGCCACGAGCCUGCGAGGGAGCGAUGCGGCGCCGCGCGCUCUGCUGUACAAGCCUGUGGACUGUGUGACGAGGAGCACGCUGGUCCUCCAUGCAGGACUUGCUGAAGCACACUCCCACCAGCCACCCCGACCACCCCUUGCUGCAGGACGCCCUCCGCAUCUCACAGAACUUCCUACCCAGCAUCAAUGAGGAGAUCACACCCCGACAGCAGUCCAUGACGGUGAAGAAGGGGGAGGUCCCCUGCCUCCAGCCUCACCUUGAGCUAGAAAUGCCUGUUCUUCCUUUGGCCUGGAGGCCAUGGGCUGCAGUGGCUCUUCGCCUUCCUGGAUCACAGCCAAGUGUGUACAGGGGGAAGGGGAGGUGGAAAGGAAGCUCUGGUCAGGCCCCCACAGUGACAGCCUCCCUGCCCCAGGACCUACCUGCAUCUGACGACAAGCGCCUACUUAUGGAAGAAGCUGCUGAGCCCUUGUUCAUGCUGGCGCAGAUUCAUGAUGGAGCCUGUGGGGCCAUGGCAGGGCCCCCUUGGGUCCCAUUCUGUGCUGUGCUGCCCAACUCUCUCUCUCCAGUGAUUCCGCCUACUGCGUUAAAACUGGGGCCCUAAUGUGCUAUAAAUGUCAUUCAUCUA